GCACCUAUAAAACACUUCCAUUCCCAACUCACCACCACACACACACCAAAUACGUGAAGGCAGCGAUCAUGUUCCGCACAAGCAACACCGUCGUCGGCUUCCUCAACAUUCUCUCCCUCCUCCUCGGCCUCACCGCCGUCGUAACCGCCGCCUACAUCCACCAGCACGGCGGAUCCGACUGCCAGAAAGUCCUCCAAUACCCUCUCCUCAUCGGCGGCGUCUUCGUUGUCCUCGUCUCCACCCUCGGCAUCGCGGGAUCACUCUACCGCAUCAACACCGCGCUCUACGCUUACCUCGUGGUGACUUUCUUGGUGGUGGUUGGGCUCGCCUUCUUCACCGUCUUCGCGCUGUUUGUCACCAACAGGAAGGUUGGUCAGCAGGUUUCCAACAAGGGAUAUGGUGAGUACAGAGUCACCGAUUUCUCCCACUGGCUGCAGCGGUAUGUUGUCAAUGAUAAGAACUGGGAUGAGGUUAAGAGUUGCCUCGUCGACGCACAUGUUUGCCAGAACCUCGCCGUUAACGGUGGCCGGAACAAUGACUCUCUCAUUUUCAAACACUUGUCCACCACACAGUCUGGAUGCUGCAAGCCACCGGUGUACUGUGGAUUCAGGAUGAAGAAUGCAACGUUCUGGGAGGUGCCAAAGAAUGGUCCAGCAGCGAACAAUUCAGAUUGCAAGACAUGGGACAACAAGCAGGACAAGCUGUGCUAUGAUUGCAAUGCAUGCAAAGGAGGGGUUUUGGCCAACAUCAGGAACCAGUGGAGACAUUUAACCAUAUUCAAUGGCCUUGUGCUUGCACUCGUCACCACCAUUUAUGUUCUGGGUUGCUAUGCCAUCAAGAACAACCGAUGGGACUUGCGCCGCGAGCACCAAACUCCCGCUGCAGGACACCCUUGAUAGUUGAAGAAGGCAUAUAUGUAUCUUUAGGCUCUGUUAAGUUAUUUUGUACUGUUUAAUUUGGGGACUAGUUUGUUUUCAUUUUGUUAGGUACUGUUGUUCUGUUUCAAUUAUGGUCAUGUUUAGGCUUCAAGUGUUUUUAUAUAUUGGACCUGUAUGUGCUUCUGUGUGUUUGAUUUGAUAUGCAAGUUCGAUU